UGUGGAUGGGAGGGGGAAAGAGAACACAGAGAGAGAGCACAGUCCUGAGGACAGAUGAGAGUCAGAGAGUACAAAUAAUGAAAAAGGCAUUCAGUGCAAUGCUAUGUGAGGCAGCAGAUGCACAGUAAGGAGAGGGAGAGAAAUGCAAAAGAAGGGGACCCUGGCUGCUGACAGGCAGAGACACCGUAUUAGGAGAACUUGAGCCGACCUCUGUCCAGCCACUGUUGAGAGAAUCUAAGCAUUGUUUAAGAGUGACCUGGCCAUCAUGCUGCCCUGGAGGACGCUCAUUGUUGGUCUUUUCUACUGCUACAUCAAUACAGGUGUCACACAAUGUCAGACUGAAGCCCUGUUCCCAGCUUCAAGCAGAAGAGGGGUGGAAACUGCAGCAAACGCCACUUUCCACAACUCCUUCGAUGAUGUUCAUCUACUAUUUGAGAUCCUACUAACUGGUAUACACUUUGAGGCCAGUGGAGAGUUUUCAUUGAAAGAUGCCGAACUGGCUUCCCUCCGCAAGACGCAAAACCUCAAGGUCAUCUGUGAGGAGAUCAUACCCAGGGAGCUAACAGACAUUUUUAGGCUCAUCUAUGGCCUUUCCAGUCAUACUGGUCCCUUGCAUCAGGAUGAUUUUGAGCGCACUUUGCUGACCAUGGCAUACGUUGCCCAGCAAAUGGUCAGUUCCACUACUGCACACCAACGAGAUGUUUGGGCAGAGUCUUUUGUUAGCUUGUACAAAGCCAUCAAGCAGGAUCUGACAGGGACAAACUGAACAGAGACAGGUAUGGCCGAGC